GAUGUGUCCGUCGCCGGAGUACCUGUACGCGUUCCCGCCGCCGCCCCCUCCGGGCUACGACAUGAUGGGCUACGUGCCGCUGGAGCCCCCGGGGCCCCCGGAGGACCCGGCGGCGCAGACCGCCGCCAUCAUCGCCAGUCAGUCGCAGGACUACGUCGACGAGAAGCUCGCAGAGUACCAGGCCACCAUACAGCAGCUGCAAGUCUACGAGGUGGGACAACGUAUGGUUAAGCGUCUCGACGAAGUGAGUUUUUGCGGUUGCAAGUUUUGAACGCACACCAGCGCCGGAAGAGUUAGAACGGAGUCCACAGAUGCGGACGGUCGCGAAUGUCCGGUCCCAGUCGAUCCGAGGAAGCAGUGUGACGUGUCAUGCUAAGAGGAACAAUAAUAAUAGUAGUGCAAGACAGUAAUUCGCAAGUAGGGAACGUCGUCCUAGAUUGAAGCACUGGUGAAGUUUUAUUCGAAUCUCGGGGCAUAAUUUUGUUACUCUAAUUGAAUAAUCGACUCGAACAGAGUCUAUAAUAAAUCAAUGGCGAUAUUAUAGUGAAAUGUGCUUAAUGAACUCCAUCCAGCCGAUAAUCAUAUUAUGGUAACAAAGAAACAAUCAGUAAUCGACAAGGAGGGGAGUGAUUAUAAAGGAAGUGAGCAAGGAGAGAGCUCAUAAAUGGUUGACAAAAACAUUUUUCGAAACAAGAGUAGAUACAAGAGGGGAAUUUGAUUUCUGAAA